AUGGCUAUGCAACAAUACGUAGGUUCCUCUUCUUCAUCUUCUAAGGUAGCAUCUUUGAAAAAAUUUGAUGUUUUUAUUAGCUUUCGUGGUGAGGAUACUCGUAAAACCUUCACGAGCCAUCUUUAUGAAGCUCUUAACAAAAAAGUUCUAACAUUUAUUGACAUUGAGCUUGAAAAGGGGGAUGAGAUCUCACCAGCACUCAACAAAGCCAUUGAGGGGUCAGGCGCAUCUGUAGUCAUAUUUUCAAAAGACUAUGCAUCUUCAAAAUGGUGUUUGAAUGAACUCGUUAAGAUUCUAGAAUGCAAGAGAGAUCGGAGACAGAUUGUCAUACCUGUUUUCUAUGAUAUAGAACCAUCUGAUGUCAGGAAUCAAUCUGGAACUUAUCAGCAAGCUUUUGAAAAACAUGAGCAAGAUCUGAGACACAACAAAGACAAGUUGCAGAAAUGGAAAGAUGCACUCACCGAAGCAGCCAAUUUAUCUGGAUGGAACUCUCAAAAUUACUGGAUGGAAUCAAAUUUCGUUAAGGACAUUCUAAAAGAUGUUUUGAAAAAAUUGUGCGAGAGAUCCCCAUUUGAAGUUAACGAGGAACUUGUCGGCAUUGAUACAAAGUAUGAAAAGAUGGAAUCUUUACUGAAAAUUGGGUCAAAUGAUGUUAGAACCAUUGUAUUGUGGGGAAUGGGAGGCAUAGGAAAGACCACUCUGGCCAAACAUUUAUAUGGUAGACUCUGUUCUCAAUUUGAACGUACUUGCUUUAUUGAAAAUAUAAGGGAAGAAUCAACCAAGCAUGGACUCAAGUUUGUACGUAACAAACUUUUUUCUACAUUGUUGGAGUUUCCUCUCAAUGCACCUUAUGUAGAAACCCCAAUUUUCAAAAACAGACUUGCACAUGAAAAAAGUCUCAUUGUGUUGGAUGAUGUGGCAACCUUAGAGCAAGCAGAAAAUGUAAACAUAGUCAAUAGUUGCUUGGGAAAGGGAAGUAGAGUCAUUAUCACAACUAGAGAUAUGCAGAUAUGUAGUCAAUUUGACGAGUGUGAAAUAUAUGAGUUUGAGGAGAUGAAUGCAGAUGAAUCUCUUCAAUUAUUCUGUUGGAAUGCUUUUGGAGAAAAAUGUCCUAAGGAUGGAUAUGAUAAUCUAUCAAAAAGGGCGAUUCUUUUUUGUAGAGGCAAUCCCCUAGCUUUGAAAGUUUUAGGUGCAAAUUUUCGUACAAAAAAAAGUAAAGAAGCAUGGGAAAGUGAGUUGGGGAAACUCAAAAGAAAUCCCAAUAAGAGAAUCCAUGAUGUGUUAAAAUUGAGUUUUGAUGAUUUAGAUUCUACUCAACAAGCCAUAUUUCUAGACAUUGCAUGCUUCUUCAAAUCAGAAUUUUAUUAUGAAUAUCUUGAUGAUAAAGAUUACAAAACAGCAGUAUGGAAUGCUUGCGAGUUUUUUGCAGAGAGUGGAUUAGAAGUUCUUCAAUAUAAAGCACUCAUAUAUUCUUAUAAGGAACCCUAUAUCCAAAUGCAUGAUUUGUUAAAAGAAAUGGGAAAAGAGAUUGUUAUGAAAGAAUCUGUCAAAGACCCUGGAAGAAGAAGCCGAUUGUGGGAUCAAAAGGAUGUGUAUGAUGUAUUGAAAUAUAACAAGGGAACUGAAGUUGUUGAAGCUAUAGUAUUUAAUAGUGAUCAACUUGGGGAUUUGUACUUGAGCUCUGAUUCCUUUAAAAGCAUGGCCAACUUAAGACAUCUUCAUAUCACUACAUAUAAUGAAUGUAGACUGCAUCUCUGUGAAGGUCUUGAGUGGUUGUCUGAUAAGUUGAGACAUCUUCAUUGGGAUUCAUUUCCACUUGAGUCUUUGCCAUCAAACUUUUCAGCAGAAUUUCUUGUAAAGCUGAAAAUGCAGCAUAGCAAGCUUAAAAAGCUUUGGGAUGGAAUUCAGAGACUUGACAAUUUAAUGAUUCUUGAUCUUGAUUAUUCUGAAGACCUGAUUGAGAUUCCAGAUUUAUCAAGGGCCCCAAAUCUUCAAAUAGUAUCCCUUUCUUAUUGUAAGAGUCUUUGCCAACUCCAUCCAUCCAUUUUCAGUACCCCCAAGCUUACAAACCUAAAAUUAAAUGGAUGCAAAAAGAUUGGAAGUCUGAAAAAUAACGUUCAUUUAAAAUCUCUCCAAACACUGGAGCUCUCUGAUUCUUCUCUCGCCAAAUUUUCGGUGACAUCAGAGGAAAUAAUGGAGCAGUCUUUAUGGGGCGCUGUUGUACAUGGAUUUUCUUCAUUGAUGUGUAAUAAAAAUCUUACAGGACUGCACCUUACAGGAUGUACACAAAUCACUACAUCGAGUCUUUGGCUCAUUCUUGAUGGCACGCCGUCUUUAAAAGAAUUACAUUUGAGUGGGUGCCGCAACUUAGAAACACUCCCUGACAACAUCCAAAACAAUUCAAUGUUGGAAACUCUUGAUUUAAAUGAUUGUAGGAAACUUAAGUCCCUACCAAAACUUCCCGUUAGCUUGCGAAGCUUGAGAGCACAGAAUUGCAUUCAUUUGGACAUUAGCUCCAUUCGACAAUUAAUACAUGAGAAUAUACAAAGACUCCGUUCACCCCAGAGCAUGUUACACCCUAGAAUUUCAUUCAAUCGGCCAUUUGCUCCAUUCGACAAGAAUAUAAGACCUUAUGAUAUGGACUUAUUUUACUUUCCGGGUGCUCAAGUUCCUAGUGAGUUUGAUUUUCAUACAACAAAGGCUUCUAUAGUUAUUCCUCCUAUUCCAAAAUAUGGUUUGUGUGGUUUUGUCAUUUGCAUCAUUCUCUCAGGAGAAAUGGGGAAACUUUUCAGUCAAGUUUUGUGUACUAUUUAUCAACACACCAGAGUAAUCUAUCAAUACAGGGGAAUGCUUCUGACGGAGGACUUCAUUUCAGAUCAUGUAUUGCUAGGCUGCAUAGGGUGUUAUAAUUCCGACUGGGGGAACGUGGGGAGGGAAAGUGAAGGUGAUCAUUACAACCUUUCAUUUGAAUUCACAUAUUUUGACCUAAAUGAUGUGAAAGUGUUGUCAACAAAGGAGAUCAAGGGUUGUGGAGUAAUCCCUGUAUAUGACUUGAAACGUAGUGGAGUUGAAAUUUUUGAAAUACCAGCCAACCCUCAACUAUCUGAUUCUGAUGAUAUUAAUGAGUUACAAUUCAUGGCUAAAGGUUUUGAUGAUUGUAAUCAGAAUUUGAAAUUUGAUACUAACGAGUCACAACAUCAAGAAAUUAGACCUGAAAAUGAAGAUAACCAACAACAGCGAAUUAUUCCUCUGACAGAAAAGAUGGAGAAGUUGAAUGCUAAAUCUUCUUGUUCAUGUUCAAUUGGUAUAAAGCUGUGUGCUCGUGUCCUGUUUAGUUGUGUUCAAUUCUUGUAUCCUGUUUUUGUUGGUAUUAAUUAUUGUGUGUUUUUAUUCAUGAUACUCUUUUGCAUUAUAAUGUUGCAAGUUGUGACGUUUAGCAAUAAAUGA